GUCCCGAAAGUACAAAUGCAGCAAAAUGUGCAGCCCAAGCGAAUUCCACGAAACGUCGAGAUGGAGAGGAGACGCAGAUUGUACAGGAAUUUGAAAAUCCAGGAUGUUUUGAAGGAAAUUGGUGUUUCACCGAAGCAAAUGUUACCUCCGUCCGCCACAUUGCCGCUACUAACUUACGAAGAGACAUACGGUUUGUUCAGUACGGCGCAUUUUCUUCCUUUGGAAAUUUUCGACGACGAAGAAUACGACUGUAGGACGGUAGAAGAUUGGAUAAAUCUUGGGAUGAUCGAUGGAACGCAUUAUCCGCUACCGGCUACCGUUUUUGUGCCAAGAUUCCGAUCCGAGGACGAAAUGUUUUCCCUCGAGGACGAUCAGUUGAACAAGCUGUUCGCUUGGACCAACGCUGCUGUUACUCACUACGAUCGCGAGAGAAAAUUGUGGACUGUGCUCACGCUUGACGGCAGAAAGCGCGAGUUUAAGAUACCGAGAGUUUACAUUCGUCUGUUCGCCGAAGAUCCAAGGAUCUAUGCGAAGAGAGUGGCGGCGGCCAUCAAACAUAGACGAAUUGCCGAAGCUUCUAUAAAGUAUCAUUUUUAUUUGGAUUGUAUGCUAAUGGAAGGCAUGAAAACGUUGAACGAAGAAGAAAAAGAAACGAUCGUUCGUUUGGCUACGAAUAAUUCUAGAUAUAAGCACAAAUAUGUAAUGUUGCUGAUGGAAGAAAUUUGUCUGGAUUACCAGCGGACCAUGUGCGAUCUUACGUGGAGGCAGAUGAUACAGCGAAAUCCGGAAAUGUUUAAAUUCGUCACGUGGAUGCCGGAUAUCGAGGCCACAAGGGUGCCAAAAAAGGGCAAGAUCGAUACAGGCAUGACGAAUUUUCUGAAAACGAGGCAACGUACGCACUGGAUAACGCUGUACGUUCACGAAGAGGUAUACCAAGCUAUGGCGUGCGUCAUGGCGGAAUGCAUGUACGUAUCCUCUAUGAAUUUAUUCGCUACUUCUUAUGGCAAACAAAUAAGACUGUUAGAGUUCGAGGAUCUGCAAAGCCAGGCCAUCCUUACGGUUAUUAAGUAUUUGAAAGAGCCGUGGUUGGAGAAAAUUACGCAAUCGGUUAGGAUGUGCUUGAGGGAUCUUGGAAAGGGUUGGUUUGAUCUCGAACAGAAGAAUCACAGGGUGUACGAUGUGAUGAAAUUGAAACGUUUCAUGAAUCUCACCACUCUUUGUAUGCAGGUACGUAUUUAUGCGUUGCGUGUUCUGGUGGAAAAUUCGAUAAAAUUAUACGGAGAGAUCUUGGAAAGACCAGCGUUGUGUGUCUUGGACGUAGAGGAGUCAUUCGCUUGGGGAGACGAUCUCAUCGAUACCCAAUUUAAGCCUGCUGCCAAUUCCAUCUUCCUGAUUGAUCUUCAAAUGGACCAACAGAAAGCAUAUUACACGACGAAUCCAGACAAAUUUGUAGUAGGUGCAUUUCCGUUCUAUCGCUCGAACGACAUUGCUUUUCAUUCGAUAAAAUUAGAAGAAAUUAAAACAAAAACGAAUAUCUAUAUAUUUGUUCUGUCCUCUGUGUCGGCGUACAAGCAGGAGGAGCUUAGCACGGCGGAGAUAAAGGAGGAAAUUGCGUUUCAUAUGACGAUGAAGCAGAAUCUGCAAGCGACUUUACCCAAUACCAUUGCCAUCGGUCCGUUUCUAGCGAACGUUCGCCCUUUGAAGGAUUUGCUGAUGCGGAAACGGCACCAGUGUGCCACGGAAUUGCUCGUUAUGUUGACGGAGAAGUUACGAACGGAAGUCGACGAUAUCUUGGAAGAAUACACGCAGAUAAGGUACAAAUUGAGGGAAGCGCCGCAGAGUAUCGAGCAUAUAUUCGAGAUACGCGAUUGGAUGGAAACUAUUCCGCUUCGAGUGCAGAAUCUCGAUGAGAGGAUGGACGUAUUGAAGUUGGAUUUUGAUAUUCUCGACGGAUUUCUAUGGAACAUAUCCGACGAAGAUUUCCACGCCAAGUGGGAAGUGAUCGGUUGCCCUCUUCAAAUUGAGAACGAGGUGCGAGAAACGUACGAACGGCUGAUGGAAGAGCAGGAAAAGUUCUACAAAAUCCAACUGCAGGACGAGGUUCUACUGCAAGAGAGAAUAGACACUCUGGUUAGCAACGUGGCAAACAUCGCUCUUCAAACGGAUAUCAAUCGUAUACACGAGACUGCGCUCGAUGUGAAACGAAUCUGGAAAAGCAUGGUCGACUGUCGGGAGAUGGGUUUGUUGCUCAAUGAACGGCAAAAGCUGCUCGACAUGAAAGUGGUGCCUUUCGAUCAUUUGCACAAGUUGAUGCGCGACUUCGAACCUUACAGAAGCUUGUGGGUCACCGCUUCGGACUGGCUUAAAUGGCACGACAUAUGGAUGGAUAAUCCGUUGAUGAACGUGGAUGGCGCUCAGAUCGACGUUCUAGUCGCUGAUAUGCAUCGGGCAAUGACUCGCGCGAUUCGAACGUUUCAAGAAUUUCCAAAGGUGCGAGCGAUCGCAAUCGCCAUAAGGCAACAGAUAGACGAAUUCAAGCCUUACGUUAGUCUCAUACAAGCUCUUCGGGAUCCGGGAAUGAAGGAUCGUCACUUUGAGCAACUGAGCGCGCAAACCGGCAUACAGAUGGCUCUCAAGCCAAGCAUAACGUUUAAAUCGCUGUUAAUGCUCGGUAUCGAGGAGUUUGAAGAAUUAGUAAAGACCGUCGCUGACACAGCAGCCAAAGAAUACGCCACGGAACGGACGUUGAACAAGAUGAUCGAAGAGUGGGAAACGAUCGUUAUGGAGAUACUGGCGUAUAAAACAACCGGAACGUAUAUAAUAAAGGUGGCAGAGGAAACUACGAUGCUACUGGAGAAUCACAUACUCAGCGUACAGCAGCUGGCGUUCAGCCCGUUGAAGACCGUUUUCGAGGACCAGAUUACCGAAUGGGAGUAUAAAUUAAAGUUGACGGAGCAAGUGCUGAUUUUAUGGAUCGAAGUACAAAGAGACUGGAUGUAUCUGGAACCGAUAUUUACGUCGGAGGACAUUAAGGUUCAGCUGCCGGUGGAGACUAGGAAGUACAAUGCGAUGGAACGCAACUGGAGACGAAUCAUGAAGAACGCCUAUGAAAAUCCCUAUGUUAUCAAAAUAUGUCCCGACAUCAAUCUACUGGAGAGCCUUCAAGAGUGCCAAAGUUUGCUGGAAGUGGUGCAGAAAGGUCUAUCCAACUACUUGGAAAUGAAACGACGAAUUUUUCCUCGAUUCUACUUCCUCAGCGACGAGGAACUUUUGGAGAUCCUGGCUCAAGCGAAGAACGUGCAAGCGGUGCAACCGCACCUCAGAAAGUGUUUCGAGAACAUUCGAGAAGUGAAGUUCGAAGAGGAUCUACAGAUCACUCGAAUGUACUCUGCCGAGAGGGAGGAAGUGGUGCUUGAUCCGCCGAUGUACCCGUUGAGGAGCGUGGAGUUUUGGCUGGGCGAUCUGGAGACGGUGAUGCGCACCACUAUCAGAAACAUCAUUGGAACGGCUCUGCUAGUCAUCGAUGUAAUUCCAAGGAAAGCGUGGGUGUACAUGUGGCCGGGACAAGUGACUCUCUGUUGCGGUCAAACUUAUUGGACCGCGCAAGUGGAGAACGGCAUUCGUACCAAAACUCUCUCCGAUUACUAUCAACGACUGUUGGCACACAUGGAGGAUCUACGCGAAUUGGUGCGCGGUCCACAAACGGAAAUUCAAAGAUUAAUGCUGGAAGCGGUGAUCACCAUCGAGGUGCACGCGCGCGAUGUGCUGUACAAGCUGUUGCAGGAAAAAGUAUCGAACGUGAAUGAUUUCGAUUGGAUAUCGCAACUUCGUUAUUACUGGGUGGAUGGCGAGCUGAAAGUGCGUGCUGUGAAUGCGGAAUUUCCGUACGGAUACGAAUAUCUGGGCAACACCGGAAGACUCGUCAUCACCCCUCUGACCGAUCGAUGUUACUUGACGUUAACCGGGGCGUUGCACUUGAAAUUCGGCGGUGCGCCAGCUGGCCCCGCCGGAACGGGCAAAACGGAAACCACCAAGGACCUUGCCAAAGCGUUCGCCAUACAGUGCGUAGUGUUCAAUUGUUCCGAUCAGUUGGACUUUAUGUCGAUGGGAAAGUUCUUCAAAGGUCUCGCAAGUGCAGGUGCAUGGGCAUGUUUCGAUGAAUUCAACAGAAUAGAUAUCGAGGUGUUGUCCGUGAUUGCCCAGCAGAUCAUGACGAUCCAGCAAGCGCAACAAAUGCGAAUGGACACGUUCAUGUUCGAAGGGGAUGAAAUCGUACUGAAGACAUCGUGCGCGGUAUUCAUCACUAUGAAUCCUGGUUACGCGGGUAGGACGGAAUUACCGGACAAUUUGAAAGCUUUAUUCCGUCCUGUGGCUAUGAUGGUACCAGACUAUUCGCUCAUCGCUGAAAUUUCGUUAUUUUCGUACGGCUUUUCCGAGGCGAAAGUUUUGGCCGGCAAAAUAACGACUACGUUUAAAUUGAGCUCGGAACAAUUGAGCACACAGGAUCAUUACGAUUUCGGAAUGCGAGCAGUGAAGACGGUGAUCGCUGUGGCAGGAAAUUUAAAAAGGGAACAGAAAGAUUUAAACGAACAGCAGAUCUGUUUACGUGCUUUGCGAGAUGUGAACGUUCCCAAGUUCUUAAAAGACGAUUUGACGCUGUUUAACGGUAUCGUGUCUGAUUUAUUUCCACGUUUGGAGGAGAAACACGUAGACCACGGAGUAUUGGAAACCCAAAUUCGUGCAGCGAUUGCGAGGAUGGGCCUAGAGGAAGUUGACGAGUUCGUGAAGAAAGUUAUCCAAUUGUACGAGACGACUGUGGUGCGGCACGGAUUAAUGCUGGUUGGUCCAACCGGGUCGGGCAAGACAAGGUGCUACGAGGUUCUGAAGGAAGCGUGCACGAAACUGAAGGGACAACUACAGCCAAGCGGUAAACCAUUCGCGACUGUGAUCACGCAUGUGUUGAAUCCAAAAUCAAUUACGAUGGGUCAACUGUACGGCGAAUACGAUCUUAACACGCGUGAAUGGACCGAUGGAAUUUUCUCGACGUUGCUCAGAGCUGGGAUAGCCGCGGACGAUUCAAACAAACGUUGGUACGUUUUCGACGGACCUGUCGAUGCGCUGUGGAUCGAGAACAUGAAUACCGUGUUGGACGACAAUAAGAAACUUUGUCUAACCUCCGGUGAAAUAAUGAAGAUCCUGCCUACGAUGACGAUGAUGUUCGAAGUAGCUGACCUGAGGGUCGCUUCGCCGGCUACGGUUUCAAGAUGCGGCAUGGUGUAUCUAGAGCCAGAAGGUUUAGGUCUCGAUCCCCUCGUUAAUUGCUGGUUAAAACGAUUGCCCAAAAAUAUGUCGGAAUACGUGGACGAAAUCGGCGAAUUAACCAGGCAGUUUUUAUUUCCCGGGCUGAAAGUUCUACGUAACGAUUUACGAGAAAUCGUAAGCACCGUCGAUUCCGGAAUGGUACAGUCCUACAUAAACUUGAUGAACUUUCGGAUCGCGACGUCAUUUGCUCAUGACGAUAGUAUCGUUGCAGCCGGAUUGCUGUCACCUUGGGCAGCUUUCGCCGCGGUCUGGAGUCUCGGAGCGACCAGCGACUAUAACGGUCGUCUGAUAUUCAACGAGUGGACGAGAAAAGUGCAAAGGGACAAUCGUCAUCCUUUGCCGUUUCCCGACGAUGGUUUGGUGUUCGAUUACAGGUGUACAUCUUGGUCGAACCGACCCCGUUCUUUUCCCUUUGCCUCGCUUUUUUCCCCGUUUCAAUGGCGAUUCUUCGCCCGUAGAUUGCACGACGGAGGCUUCACCGAUCCGAUCGACGGCCAAGAACCGGUCGCGCCAAGGUGGUACAAAUGGUUGGACGACGUGGCUGCGAUCAACAUCACGCCAGAGAUGAAGUUUGCCGACAUGGAAAUACCGACGAUGGACAGCGUAAGAAGCGCGACUCUGAUCGGCUAUCUGUUGAUCAACAACUCGAACCCACUGUGCGUCGGGCCAACCGGAAGCGGAAAGACACUGACCGUAACGGCGAAACUCUCGAGGAACAUGCCGAAAAAGUUUAUCUGCGACUUUAUCACCUUCUCUGCCAGGACCAGCGCGAAUCAAACUCAGGAUUUGAUCGACGAAAAAUUGACGAAAAGGCGCAAAGACGUGUACGGGCCACCGUUGCUUCGACAGCAAGUCUUCUUCAUCGACGAUUUGAACAUGCCCGCUCUCGACACGUACGGUGCUCAGCCUCCUAUCGAAUUGCUCCGACAAUUCAUGGACUUUCGAGGAUGGUACGACCGGAAGGAGAUCGGUUCGUUCAGCCGGAUAGAGGAUGUCAAUUUCGUGGGUGCGAUGGGACCGCCCGGUGGCGGUAGAAAUCCAAUAACCGACAGACUGUUGCGACACUUUCAUUUCAUUGCAUUCCCGGAAAUGGAAGACGACGCUAAGAGACACAUCUUUGGAACGAUUCUAAACGCCUGGCUGUCCGCGACGCCGCACUUUGCGCACAUGUUGGACGCUUUUGUCAACUCGACGUUGGAUUUAUACACCGUUAUAUGCAAGCAGUUGCUGCCGACGCCUCACAAGUCUCAUUACACCUAUAACGUUCGCGAUCUCGGCAAAGUGUUCCAAGGAAUGCUCAUGAUGAAUCCGGCAAAAAUAAAGCGUCGAGAAAAAUUGCUGUUACUCUGGUACCACGAGAACGUACGAGUGUUCAGCGAUCGUUUGGUGAACGACCAAGACCGAAAAUGGUUCGACGACCUCUUACGAAAUACGAUGAGCAGAGAGUUUCGAUGCGAUCCCAGGGAAAUCGUCGGCGAUGUAACGUUAUUUUUCGGUGACUUUGUUGGGACCAGCAAACAGUACGAUGAAAUAACCGAUCGGAAGAAGAUGGAACACGUGUUGGAGGAAUUCUUGGAAGAUUACAAUGCUUCGACAACGACACCCAUGAAGCUGGUACUGUUCCAAGACGCUAUGGAUCAUAUCUGCAGGAUUAAUCGAAUCCUACGACAGCCUAGAGGAAACGCUCUACUUUUGGGAAUGGGUGGAUCGGGACGACAGAGCUUAACGAGACUAGCCUCGAACAUGCAAGAUUACGCUUGUUUUCAAAUAGAGCUGAGCAGCGCAUACGCGUCGAGCGAUUGGCGCGACGACAUUAAAAAUUCAAUGAUGAAGGCCGGUGUACAGAACCAAUGUAUCGUCUUUUUAUUUUCCGACACACAGAUAAAAGACGAUUCGAUGCUGGAGGACUUGAACAGCGUGCUAAACAACGGCGACGUGCCAAAUAUUUACAAGGCGGAUGAAAUGGAAAAGAUCUUUCAUUCGAUGCGUGGCCACGCGCAAGAAGCUGGCCUACAGAUCAAUAGAAGCAACCUGUUUUCCGUCUACGUGAAGACAGUGCGUAACAAUCUACACGUGGUCGUUACCAUGAGCCCGAUCGGUGAGACGUUUCGCGCGCGUAUCAGACAGUUUCCAGCUUUGGUGAACUGCUGCACGAUCGAUUGGUUUUGCCCGUGGCCGGAAGCCGCGCUUCAGAGCGUCGCUUUGCGAUUCCUCUCCGAGAUACAAGACGAAUCUAUUACCGAAGACGCGUUGAAGUCGAUCGUAAGAAUGUGCCAGUAUAUGCAUUCGAGCGUGAUCGAUGCGAGCGAUCUCUUUCUCAAGGAACUGAACCGGUAUAAUUACGUUACGCCCACCUCAUAUCUGGAACUAUUAUCCGGCUACGGUGAUCUCCUGACCAAGAAGAAAACGGAGAUACAAACGGCGGCAGAUCGUCUCGCUACCGGUCUGGAGAAACUGGCGAGCGCAGAAACGGAAGUAAAAAAUAUGCAGCAAUUGCUGGCGGAGAUGAAACCAAAGUUGGAAGAAGCGGCGAGAGCGACGGCUAGAAUGAUCGAAAAGAUCACGGUCGACACCACGGAGGCAGAGAAGACGCGAGCGCGGGCGAAAGAGCAAGAGGCGAUAGCGGCAAAGAUGAAGGUGGAGAAUCAGGCGAUCAGAGACGAAGCGGAAGCCGAUUUGAGCGAAGCACGGCCGAUGUUGAUCGCUGCCGAGAAAAGCUUGAAGGCCCUGAACAGAAACGACAUCACCGAGGUGAAGGCGAUGAAAAGGCCUCCGGUCGGCGUGCUUCUCGUCAUCGAAGCCAUCUGUAUUAUAAACAACGUGAAACCGAUCAAGGUGCCUAUGGGUGGAAAAUUCGGGACAGAAGCGAAACUGGAUUACUGGACACCUGGCAGCUUGAUGCUCUCGGAUCCAGGCCACUUUUUAUACACCAUGGAGAACUACGAUAAAGAAAGUCUGACCGAAGAAAUAAUAAAUAAGCUAAAGCCGUACAUCGAAAAUCCCAAUUUUCAACCAUCCAAGAUCGAAUACGUGUCAAAGGCGUGUCACUCGUUGUGCCUGUGGGUGCACGCAAUGUACAACUACUAUUUCGUAAAUCUGAAAGUAAAACCAAAGAUGGAAGCAUUGGCGAAAGCCGAGCUGGCUCUCGCGGAGACCGAGCAGACGCUGAAUAUGGCGAUACAAAGACUGAGGGAGGUGGAGGAAGGUGUGGAGCAACUACGAAAGCUUCUGCGAGAAGAAGAGGAGAGGAAAGCGGAACUGGAGCGGGAAAAGCAGCUUUGCGAAGAUAGGAUGGGAAGAGCUGUCAGGUUGAUCGACGGUCUGGCCGGGGAACAGAUACGUUGGACCACCACGGUGCUCGAACUAAAUACGUCGUUGAAAAACGCCGUCGGCGAUAUCCUCCUAGCUUCCGGUGCGAUAGCCUAUUUGACACCUUUUACGGACGCGUACCGACAGACGCUGUUAUCGUCGUGGAAAAAGGUUCUCGGCGAAGGGGUUCCGCACACGCCGGGCAGCGACCCCGUAUCCACUUUGGGCGAUCAAGUGGAGAUAAGAAGAUGGCAAAUCGAGGGAUUACCCAGAGAUACGCUAUCCGUGGAAAACGCCGUGCUGGCGAUGCACUCGAAUCGCUGGCCGCUGUUUAUCGACCCGCAAGCGCAAGCGAAUAAAUGGAUACGUUCGAUGUACAAAGGCAACGGGAUAUCGGUGGCAAGAAUGAAGGACAAAGAGCUGCUUCGCGUGGUCGAGUCCUGCGUGCGAUUUGGAAGAGCCUGUCUGGUGGAGAACGUCGGCCAAGAGCUGGAGGCAGGAUUAGACCCGAUUCUCUUGAGAUCGUUGUUCGAGCAUGGCGGUCAAUGGUGCGUCAAAGUUGGCGAGAAUAUCGUUCCCUACAGUCCGGAUUUCCGGCUCUUCCUCACCACCAGACUCUCGAGUCCGCGUUACACGCCCGAAGUAUGCGUGAAAAUACUGCUGGUCAACUUUGCGCUCACCGCCACAGGUCUGGAGGAUCAGAUGCUGUCGUUGGUUGCCAUCCAAGAACGACCGGAUCUCGAGCAAGCGAGAAACGUUCUCAUCGAAUCGAACGCCGAAAUGAGAAAAGAGCUACAGCAGAUAGAAGACAGGAUCCUAUAUCGAUUGUCGGUGUCCGAGGGUUCCGCCGUCGACGACAUGGAUCUUAUUCUCACGUUGGAGGCGUCCAAAAUUAAGAGCGAGCAGAUCAAGGUAAAGAUGAAAGAAGCGGAGAUCACCCAGGUGGACAUCGACACGACCAGAUCGCUGUACAUACCAGUCGCGGUUCGUGCCCGUAUCCUCUUCUUUUGUCUCUCCGAUCUGCAAUUCAUCGACACGAUGUAUCAGUACUCGCUCGAAUGGUUCGUCGACAUCUUCAACAAUAGCAUACUGGCGACGGAAAAGAGCGGCGAUAUCCAAGUACGAGUGGCAAAUAUCAACCGGAAAUUCAUGUUGUCGCUGUUCUCGAACGUGUGCCGCAGUCUGUUCGAAAAACACAAGCUUCAUUUCGCGUUCCUCGUUUGCGCUAGGAUUCGUAUGAACGACAAUUCGAUCGACGCGAUCGAAUGGAGGCAUCUUUUGUCGGCAGCCGAACCGAUGCGAGAAGAUGAAAACCCGGCGCCAGAAUGGAUUACACCACGUUGCUGGAAGGAGAUUCAGGCGCUCGAGAAUCUGCCAAGCUUUCACGGAUUCGUCGAAUUCUUCGAACAGUCGGUGACUCGAUUCAAAACGGUGUUCGACGCUCAGGAGGCGCAUCUAGCCGCGUAUCCAGAACCAUGGCGAUCCAAACUGAACGACUUUCAGAAGAUGUUGCUGCUCAAGUGUCUUCGACCCGACAAAGUGACCAACGCGAUGCAACUGUACCUGGCCAAAUAUUUAGGCCACGAAUUCGUCGAGCCUCAAACUACCGAACUGUCUGCCAUUUACCACGAAUCUUCGCCGACUACGCCCAUUGUCUUCGUUCUGUCCACCGGCACGGAUCCCGCGGCUGAACUCUACAAAUUCGCGGACAAAUUAAAGAUGAGCACGAAAUUGCACGCUAUCUCGCUUGGACAGGGACAAGGUCCCAGAGCCGAAGCCAUGUUAAAGUUAUCGGCGGAACAAGGUUACUGGUGCUUCUUUCAGAAUUGUCAUCUAGCCCCGAGUUGGAUGCCGGAGUUAGAUUCGCUGGUCGAGCGUCUAUCACGGACGAAAAACCAUCGUGAUUUUCGCUUGUGGCUAACCUCCGCACCUUCGCCAGACUUUCCCGUCAGCAUUCUUCAGAACAGCAGUAAAAUGACGGUCGAACCACCCCGGGGAAUAAAGGCAAACAUGUUUCGCGUGUACUUGACGCAAGUGACGGAGAUGCAAACGUUCAUCGACUCUGCUCAUGCGAGAGUUUGCCACUUCAAAUGGUUGGUAUUUUCCUUGUGUCUGUUUCACUCGGUACUACUGGAACGAAGAAAGUUCGGUUCCUUGGGAUUCAAUAUACCGUACGAGUUCACCGACGGUGAUUUAAGGAUAUGUAUAUCGCAGUUGCACAUGUUUCUCUUGGAAUACGACACCGUUCCGUUCAAGGUGCUGAUAUACACAGCUGGUCACAUCAACUAUGGCGGCCGAAUUACGGACGACUGGGAUCGUCGAUGCGUGCUAACCAUUCUGCGAGAUUUUUACAGACAAGAGAUUCUAUCGUCGUCGUACCGAUUCGACGAAGAAGGGCGUUACGUUCAACUACCAGACGCGGCCACGUUCCACGAUUAUAUCGAGUACAUAAAAACCUUCCCUCUCAACGACGACCCAUCCAUGUUCGGAAUGCAUCCAAACGCGGAUAUUAGCUUCGCGCAAGCGGAAACGUACGCCUGUCUGAACACGUUACUCGCGCUUCAGCCGCGACAAGUCGGAACCGCGGCUGCCAGUGUCGAAGAGGUGACCAAUCGAUUAGCCCAAGAUAUGCUGUCGACGAUACCACGAACCUUCGAUUUGGCCGUUAUGCAGCAAAAGUAUCCGGUAUUAUACGAAGAGUCCUUUAACACUGUACUGCUUCAAGAAGCUAUACGCUACAACGGUUUGCUGGAUGUGGUAAAAACGACACUGGUGGAUCUGUUGAAAGCUUUAAAAGGAUUGGUUGUCAUGUCUGAAUACUUGGAAAUUGUGUCCAACAGCCUGUACACUAACAGAAUUCCACGAGUUUGGCAAGAUAAGGGUUAUCCUUCGUUAAAACCUCUCGGUGCUUGGUUCCUGGAUUUGAAAGAACGAAUCCAAUUUUUAAGGUCUUGGGAAAACAGAGGGAUACCAGCAGCCUUUUGGAUUUCCGGUUUCUACUUUCCGCAAGCAUUUUUAACAGGCACUUUGCAGAAUUUCGCACGCAAAUACGUCGUAUCCAUCGACGCGAUUGAUUUCAGUUUCCAGGUAUUAAAAUCGAUACCAGAGCACAGACCGCCAAAUGGUUGUGUUAUUUAUGGCCUGUUUCUUGAAGGAUGUCGAUGGGAUGGAAACUAUUUAAACGAAUCUUUACCUAAGGAACUGUAUACGAACAUGCCUCCGAUUCUACUUUUGCCCGAAGUAGAUCACAAGCAGCCCGAAGGAAUCUACGUUUGUCCCGUGUACAAAACUAUCAACCGAGCAGGAACAUUGAGCACUACCGGUCAUUCGACAAAUUUUGUAUUGCCGAUGGAAAUUCCUAGUCAAAAACCGCAAGCUCAUUGGAUCAAGAGAGGCGUAGCUCUGAUUUGUGCAUUGGAUUAUUAACCAUAUCUAUUUUAAUGUCCUUUGUUUCACUUGUAAUCUCCAUGUAAUUGCUCUACAUCACGUUUAUUUAACCAUAUUAUUCGUAUUAUUCUUUGUGCGAGUAAAACAAAAUACUUGGUAUAAAAUUACGAUAAAACGACAGAACAAGGGUAUUGUUGUUGUUGUUGUUAUUAUUAUUAUUAUUAUUAUUAACGAGAACGGACAACGAGUCUAACGAUUGUUAUCGUUCCGUUCUAAUCGUUUUAUAUAUCUCUCUCGUAUAAUUUUCGAUCCUUCCUUUUUGAUCUUCUAUAUUCCUCGUUAGCCCAUUUCAUGAUCACAACCGUCGAUAGAAAUGCUGCGACAAAAUAAGUGCUAAUUAGUUUUUCAUUUCUCAACGAUAAAAUAGUAAUACACCUAAUCGUAUCAUAAUAUUGUUAAGAAAAUUUCAUUAUUCUUUUAUACGCAAUUUCGAGAAUGCGUUAUUUUACCUGGCGCCAUCGGCAUUAAAGCAUGCAUCGAUCGUCUCAAGAAAUUCGGUAAGCCAUGAGAAA